AUGAUGUGUAAAUUAUUUUUUAAAAUAUUCAUUUUAUGUGUAGCUAUUGUGUGUGGCCAGAAUAUUCAAGAUGAGGUAGUUUUAUCAUUACCUGAGGAACCUUCUCCUAGAAGAUUAUCUGGACCAACAUAUUAUAAUACAGUAUAUGAACCUGUAUAUGUACAACAAGUUGAAUAUAUACCAGUUAAAUCAUAUAAGAAAGUUGCAUAUACACCACCAAAAAAGAGUACCACUACAGUGACUCAGGUAGUACCUUCAAAAACAUCAGUUAGGUAUGUACCAGCUGGGUAUGCAAAAGGAGUACAAGAAAGACCACAGAUGUAUGUUCCAGUAACUAAGGCACAACCUACAACUUAUAUUCCAGUAACAACAAAUAAACAAUUUAGGCAAUUAGAAGAAAUUGAAAAUAUCAAACCUCAAUUAAUUGAAUAA